UUGAAAACGCAUUUUUAAUUAGUCGGUAACUUAGGAGAGCCAUUCCAGCAAAUGGUAAACAAGAACAUCGAGAAACAAGAUAAGGCAUAUAUCGUGCUUGAUGAAGAAGCUAUCCCGGUGGGUGAACUCUUGGUUAGACUAACUUAGUCUUCAGACCCGUGUGAACGCAUUUUGUUAAACUCUGUCAAACGUUGCGGCUUCAGCGCUUUCGUAAUUGAUGAAGUCAAACAAUCUAAUAAUGGGAAGUAAUGAGCUACUAACGUCCAAACCGAGCUGAAAAUAUGCCUUACAAGGGGUGUUUACAACGUUCAACACUUCCGAAGUUGGUCGAUGAUCAUCUUUCGUCGGGGAAAGGCAAAGAAUGGAUGCCUAUUUCGUCUCAAGUGAACGCAAGGGAAAGAUUCCGCUGUCAAACUUACUCCGAUAAAUUAUCAGGUGGCAUUCAAUAUUGGCAUAAACACAAGCUUAAGUCGAGUGAGAUGGGACCGUGGAACAACAAGAACAACAAGAAGCCACCCAACCUGUCACAGCAACUCAAAUGCGCUACAUGUGGUGGUUUGCUCACCAAUCAAAUUAAAUUUCGUGCGCCCUCGAAGUUUGCCGAUCGCUAUUCUAAAUGUUUAUUUGGAAGAGAAUAUUGUGAUGUUAUAGGUCCUUGCGCCGAAUGCUGUCUGGCAGAGCAAAGAAAUGCGAUCGUCGAAAAACAGACUGUAGAGUUCCCAGGCUUAGAAGUCACUCCAAAAAGACUUGUGGCGCCGGCUUUGGUCCAAGUUAUGAUGAACAACAGCACUGCAUUCGAUGAAAAUGUGUCUGAACACGAACAAAGUCAUCAGGACAGAAGCAUUCUCGAACUUCCACCAAUUUCUCUUGAUACGCUUAGGUAUAUGCGAAGGGAAGCUGGCAGCAGCAAACAUAAACGAAAUUUUUUUAUUUCAGAUCAGAAACCAACGUUUAAAAAAUACAUUGAGAUUCGUCUACCAAAAAUUUGAUGUUACCUUGUGUGUAUGAUAAAGGCAAGCGGAAUUACUGUGAUUUUAAUUUUCAGAGUCAGAACCUCAUAGUCCGAAUCAAGUUGUUUCCAGCGAAGUCUUCUUCAGUUUGAGCCUGACACCAAAUGCUAUUCAUCAGAGAAGACACGUUUAAAUGAAUUCUUACACUUCUCGUGAAGAAAAGAAUUAUGUGAAUUGAAUUUGUUUGCAAACAGUAGCGUGAAAAUGGUAAUUAACCAUUAAUAUAUUGUCCUUUGAGA